AGCGCUGUAUUACCGCUGGCAUGCUGUUUAUCAGGACCGGGAUCAUUCUAUACUCUUAGUUAAUUAGGUUUUCUUGAUCAAACCAACAUACACAAUGUCCGGGGCCAAAGACAGAAUGCGACAUAAGAAAAUGAGAAAUCAGCCCAGUAACGUUACUUACUUACAAUGGCGUGACACCACAGGUCGCAGUUCCGAUUCUCCGCAACAGCACAUGAGGGGGCCGCUACAGCACCCCAGCGGUUGGAAGAGGGGGCAUCAGGAUGGAAGAGUUCGACAUGAGCAGGCACUGCCCAAGUACAUUACCGCAUCACUUUUUGCCAGAGCACGAGCUGCAGAAGUCAAUGCCAUGUUGAGGGCUGUCUCAAAGACAACAGGUAGCUCCCAUGUAUUUGGAGCUCUGCCAAAGCAUAUGCGCAGAAGAGCCAUGAGCCACAACACCAAGAGAUUGCCUUGCCGACUGAGAGAGAUGGCACAGAGAAUGUUGGAGAAAAGUCAGCAAGCAGGGAAGAAAGAGAAAAAAGAGCAAUCAAAGACCAAAAGUCGGCGUGCCCGCCGCCGCCAUGGCAGCUUGUUGUUGGAGUUUAAUCGACGGCAGCGUAAGAAUAAAUGGUUAGAGACUCACAUCUGGCAUGCCAAGCGUUUUCACAUGCUGAAGAAAUGGGGCUACUGCCUUGGAGACCGACCCACAUAUAAGUGCUACAGAGCCAGCUAUAGGGCCAUGAAUUCUGGCUGCCUGCUGCAGGACCUCUCAUACUAUUGUUGCAUGGAGCUCCAUGGUCCAGAGGAGCAACUACUGAAUGCACUCUCCAGGCUCACCAACAAAGAUGCAGGCCCAACGUUUGCAGCAGCAUCAUGCGUGUCAGGGCAGAAAGAGGGGAGAGUUAUGCUUUACAAGGCUGAUCAGUACCCUCACCAGCCCCUGGGCCCUGUGCGCUUCCUCUGGAGGCCUUGCAGUACUACAUCACCUCACAGACAGCUGUGGAUCUGGGUACAUCCCUCCCUAAAACAGGAUCUUCUACCAGAGUUGCAGGCAGUGUGCCAGUGCUUUGAGCCAGUGGGUCCAGCUGGUGUAGAAGUGGUCCCAUCAGAGAACCUGGUAGAAGCAAGUCUUAUUUCACAUGCUCUUUCUGAGUUCAGCCCUGAGCCACAGUGUACCAGGAGAAAGAGGAAAGUGGAAGCUGACAAUGAGAAUGACUGCCCUGCCCGAAAAAUUGUGGGUGAUGGCACGCGAUCACUUACGACUCCUGUUAGUUGGAGUUCCUGCAAUACUGAGAUUGUGAUCAGUGAUCUCACCAUGGAAAUAGUACGGUAUCGUCUGAUUGGUCCGCUCUCCCCCUCUGUUCUGACUGAGAUACUUGUACCAGCAACUGACUGUGAGAGUAAUACCAAAAUGACAUCUUCCCCUUUCUGGUGGCCAGAGGAGUGUAAGAAAGAGGAGAGCAUGUCCCUACAUCGCCAACAAACAGAUGUUUUUCAGCUGCUGAGAGGUGUAUACUCUACGGCUGAGCUCCCAGCAGGGUGUGUUCUGGGGCUGACUGUAGACGACCCAAGACUGUCUUUGUCUGCGAAACGGGGAAAAGUUACGCCUGACCUUCACCGGACACAAGGUGUUGAUGAGGAACAAAGAAGAAAUUUGGCACUGAGAGGAGUCUCUUCUGUCUGUGCUCAAAGUGCCCUAUGGGAGAAAUCUGUCCGAGAGAAUGUUACAAACAACAAGAUUUCAGAACAGGAUCUGAACAGGAUGAAGAGGGAGUUGUUAGUUCCAGGGUCCAGGUUGCUGACCCCUGCACAGAGCCGAGUGCCAAUUCUGCUGGUUAACCAGGCAGGGAAACAGCUGGGAGAGGAGCGGCUUGGAUGGGGAUCCGGUUGGGACUUGCUCCUGCCCAAGGGUUGGGGCAUGGCAUUUUGGGUACCUUUGGUGUACUGUGGUGUACGUGUUGGGGGUCUCCAGAUGAGUUUAAAACACUCCCAGUAUAAAAGCGUGCCCCAUUUUCCUCAUGAUUACCCAGACUGCCCUGCAGGUGUCCGCUUCCAGGAGCAGCAGGAGAUCGAACUGCUGGAAAAGUUUAAGAGACGCCCACCUUCCAAACGCACAAACUACAUCAAAUAUGGCUGCGCGACUCCUUUCCGGUGCCCCUGGCAACAACUGGUAGAGGAAUGGGAGAAGGGAGUGAAACAGCAUGAAGACAACCAAGACACCAAGACAAUUAAAAUAAAAGACAUGACAUCGCUCUCUGGAGCUGGCCCGAACCCAGCACCUGCCUUUACUGUUCUGAGGAGCCGAAAGGUGCUGAGGCAACUGUCAGUCUGGUGUCGGCCAUCUUCAUACACUCGGAAAGCACUGGGUGGUUCCUGUGCGCUGCCGUUGUGCCCUGACGUUAUCAUAUCUCUGCAGGCAGAGUGGAAGCGCUGUGUGUUGUGGGUACGUUUGAGUGCUCUGGGUAAGGGGCAGCCUGCACUUCAUGCCAUGCUUUGUGUGCCCACCACUGAAGACCUGCUACGCUUGCGUGAAGACCCCCAGUGGUGUGGCCCCAACGAACCGCAACACACAGACCACCUAAAGCACCAGCUGAAGAGGAGGGGCAAGAGAGGCGAAGCGGCACUAUGCUGUUCUGCUCUUAAGGAAGAGGAAGACUGCAACAUUCCUGAAACGGAUGACGCUAGUUCUGCUUCCAAGAUGGGAAAAAAACGUGCUCUUUUCCAUAUUAAUCAACACUCUGGCCCUUCUGUUGUGCUCAGAGAUCCUCUCCCCAAGCCCAGUGCAUCAGUAACUGCAGAUCCUAGCCACUCCUCUGUUGAAUCUCUUACCUUUACUGGCUGCAGUAACUCACCUUUAGUGCAAGGAUUGUGGACUAAGCUACUGCCCAAUAUGUCAUCUCACUGUUCCCGUAUGACCCUAGGAUGGGUGGUGCAGGGCGAUUUCUCCCUGGCAACAGGAACGGGGGAGGCUUUAGGAUUUGUAAGUUUGGUGGGCCUCCUGCAAACACUUCUUGGGCAAUCACCUGAUCAGCGAGGCAUUGUGCUUCUGCGCAAUCCCACCUCCCUCCAGUACCGCUUCGCAAGACUCCAUAUAGAAGCCUGAAGCACUGCGUAAUCACUGCGCCACUACUGCACAAAUGGAUCCGCAUCAGUACCUGAAGUUCAGUUUACUGUUCCAACACAGUUGUACAUCUAAGAUCAUAUUUCUGUUUUAUACAGAUCUGCAUUAAAGCCGUUGGAAAUUCUGCUUGGAUAAAGUAGAAAAAAUAGAUGAAAAGAAAUUUAUUUUUGUCAAUCUUAAAACUCCAGACAGCACAUGUUCCCACAGACAUUUAAAUCGUCUGACUUAAGUUAUCACAGUAGUUGGCAAAUCCCGAUGCUAUAAUCAGACGUGCUGUAGCUUAUAUCAUGCAAUACUAAAUAAAGUAUCAAUUGAGAUGUGGAUUUUCUCAAUGAAGUUAUGGAUUUUCACUAAUCUGGAGCAUUGCAAUUGAGGGGGCUCUUAGUAGAGAGAGAGAGAGAUCCUCUUUAUAAACACUUAUUAAAGUAGGACUUAAGUAACAAUGUAUUGAAACAGCUGAUUUGUUCAAAUUGUUUUCAUAAAAAGGCUGUUAGUUUCUGGUUCAUGAGUUAAAGUUUAGUACUGGUAAUGUCAAUAACAUUUCUGCCAAAACCAUAAAAAAUAAAUUGUAGUAGGGUCUAUUUAUCUAUAACGAACUCAUCCUAGAGAUUUCAUACUAUCAACAUCAUAUUUGGUCAGUCUAAUGUAAACACCUUGGCGAUGUUGGAUUGCAAAGCUUUUGAGUUUCGUUGAAGGGCGUGUUCGUGAUGACCUGACAAUAUUCGAUAUGAAACGAAUCACAUUUUUGAGGCCUAAACAUGCUCGAAAACUCAUGAGACUUUGCACACGCCUCAAAAGUGGUGAAAAUUUACAUCUGAUGCAGGUUUUAGAAUUGAGUGUGGCAAAAUGGCUCGAUAGCGCCACCUAUAAUAUUUCAAUGAUGUGCGCCUCGCUCUACGUUUGACCUACAUGCACGAAAUUCGGUACACGUGUUACAUGCCAAUACUUACAAAAAAAAGUUUGAACUGAUGCCCUAAAGUGAACAGGAAGUCAGCCAUUUUGAUUUUUCUCUUAAAUUUUUGCUCAGAUUUUGCCAUCUCCAGGCAUCGUACUUUAACAAACCCCUCCUAGAGAUUUAAUUGGGUUGACAUCAUAUCAUAUUCGUUCAGUCUCAUCAAAAGGUCUUGACGAUACUAAAUUGCUAAACUUUUGUGUUUUUGCUACACAGCAUGGGUGUGGAAAUUGUUAUACAUACAAUGCCCAAUCUGCACCAAACUUCACAUGUUUUAUAUGAAUCCUAUCCUGAAGACAUAUACAUGCUGAUAUAUUUA